AUGCGCCCACUCAAACCGUCGUCCGCCGGGCGACGGGGCGGCGUCGCCCAGAAUUCCUUCAGCGCCGCCGCAACCAGCUUCUUCGCCGUCGCCGUUGCUGCUUUCUUGCUGCUAAGCCCAGCCGGUGCUCGCGCCGAGUCAGGCGAUGAGAGGAGCGAGGUUGUCCAGCAGAUUGAGCGCGCCUCCAAUGAGAGCUUGCUAUGGGGCCCGUACAAGCCGAACCUGUACUUUGGCGUGCGUCCGCGUAUCCCUAAGAGCUUGGCUGCUGGUCUGCUAUGGAGCAGGGUGGAGGAUUACAGGACGGUUCAGGACAACUUCCGCCACACAUGCGAGCAGCACGAAGGCAUGGCCGGCUACGGCUGGGACGAGUACGACCCGCGCACCGGCGGCAAGCAGACGAUCCACGACGCCGGCAACCAGAUCGACAUCACGACCGAGUUCGUCAAGGUGCCCGGCGGCGAGCACGGCGGCAGCUGGGGCCUCCGCGUCAAGGGCAACCCGCGCGAUGACGCCCCGGACAACCUCAAGUCGACCGUCGUCUUCUACGCCACGCUCGAGGGCCUCGGCAGCCUCGAGGUGCCCACCGAAGCCGCCGACGAAGAGGGCCUGGGCCGCGAUGGCGACGUCGAGAUCCAGGGCCAGAGCCAGGGCCUCGGUGCCUACACGAUCAAGGUCACCAAGGGCAAGGGAGAGCAUCCCGAGGAGCGCCACGAGGCUUGGGCCGAGAAGCCGCUGGAUAAGACGUUCGUCACUAGCGCCCAGCUGCCCGACAAUGCCAUGUGGCAGAUCAAGGCUGUGCUGUUUGCUGCUAUCAAGCAGACGGUUGAUGCUUUUGUGGCUCAGUUCGGAGAGGAGCAGAAUAUGCCUCCGCCCGAGAUGGUUUACACCAUCGCGCAUAAGCCGGGUAUGGGCAACUUGCAUUUCGUGCAGAAGGUUUUCGAGGGUCCUUUCGAGUUUGAUGUUCUCUUCUCUUCCGCGUCUGCUCCGAAGCCUAUCACCUCCGAGGACUUGACCCAGGAGAUCGAAGCCACCACCACUGCCUUCUCUAAGCGCUACAAUGAAGUCUUGAAGCCCCAAGCUCCUUUCAACAACGAAAAGUACAACGAGUUCUCGAAGUCGCUAUUCUCCAACCUUGUUGGUGGCAUUGGCUACUUCUACGGUGAUUCCCGCGUCGACCGCUCCUAUGCUCCGGAGUACGAGGAGGAGAAUGAGGGCUUUUGGGAGGAGGCUGCCGAGGCUCAAGCCAGGAACAAGCCCGAGCUCGAGGGUCCCUAUGAACUUUUCACCAGCAUUCCCUCCAGGCCCUUCUUCCCGAGAGGUUUCCUGUGGGACGAGGGCUUCCACCUGAUUCCGAUUGUUGAUUGGGAUGUCGAUCUCACUCUUCAGAUCAUCAAGAGCUGGUUCAACCUGAUGGAUGAGGAUGGUUGGAUUGCCCGCGAGCAGAUUCUCGGUGCGGAAGCCCGUAGCAAGGUUCCGCCGGAGUUCCAGGUCCAGUACCCUCACUACGCCAACCCGCCCACCCUGUUCUUCAUCGUUUCUGCUUUCAUCGAGAAGCUGCAGGCUCAGGCCCCCACGGAUGACUCCCAGCAGCCCAUCGUUUCUGGCGAGCAGUACACGACGUACCUCAAGAACCGCGAGGCCGCUCUCCAGUAUCUCCGCGAUCUCUACCCGCUGCUGAAGCGCCACUACUUCUGGUUCCGCCGCACCCAGGCCGGCGACAUCAAGUCAUAUGACCGUGAGGCCUUUAGCUCCAAGGAGGGCUACCGCUGGCGCGGCCGCACUCCCCGCCACAUCCUGACGUCCGGCCUUGACGACUACCCUCGUGCCCAGCCGCCGCACCCCGGCGAGCUCCACGUCGAUCUGAUUGCGUGGGUCGGCAUGAUGACGCGCAACAUCAAGGACAUCGCCGCCUUCAUCGGCGAGGAGGACGAUGUGGCCGAGUUCGCCAAGUACGAGAAUGCCAUUAUCCACAACAUCGACGACCUGCACUGGAACAAGGAGGAGAAGAUCCACUGCGAUGCUACUAUCGAUGACUACGAGGAGAGCGUGCACGUCUGCCACAAGGGAUACAUCUCGCUCUUCCCUUGGGUGCUCGGCCUUGUCACGGAUGAGGAGAAGGUUGGCAGCAUUCUCGAUCUUGUGGCUGAUGAGGAGGAGAUCUGGAGCCCCUACGGCAUCAGGAGCUUGAGCAAGAAGGACGAGCUCUACGGCACGGAUGAGAACUACUGGAGGAGCCCUGUCUGGAUGUGCAUCAACUACCUGGUGGUUGCACGCUUGUUGGAAACCGCCCAAUCCACUAGCCCGCACGCGAAGCGUGCCGCCAAGAUGUACACUGAGCUCCGCAAGAACCUGGUCGAGACCGUCUACGAGAGCUGGAAGGAGACGGGCUUCGCGUGGGAGCAGUACAACCCCGAGACGGGCAAGGGCCAGCGCACCCAGCACUUCACCGGCUGGACCAGCUUGGUCGUCAAGAUUAUGACUUUCCCGGAUGGCAAGGACUUGAAGGUCGGUGUCGCGCCGGCGAAGGAGAAGAAGGGUCAUGAUGAGUUGUAG